AUAAAUAAACUUGAGGAGUGCCUGUGCCUCCAACAAAACGCGGGUUUGAUCAUUGAGUCCAAUCGAGUCCACUUCUGCUGCCAAACGAGGCGAGCAAACCUGAUAAAUAUUACUAUCUGUCUGGGUUGGUGCUCACUCCAACAAUUAGCCUCCUCAUCUUUAUCUUUAGGGCUUUUUUUACUGGUAAUUUCUGUUACUGGACGAACUUUGCAACUAUCGUUUUUUCGUGGGUUUCCAAGAUACCCUCGAAGUUAGAAUCUUUCUCCGUUUUAUUCACGUUCUGGAAUUUUGUUGGGAGAGAUACCUUUUUAUUCAAAUUGAACUAGAAAUCAGAUCAAAUCACAAAGUGAAAGAUGUUCUUCCACAUAGUAUUAGAGCGAAACAUGCAACUGCAUCCGCGUCACUUUGGCCGCAACGUUCGCGAGCACCUCGUCUCCAAACUCAUGAAAGAUGUAGAGGGCACGUGUAGUGGUCGACAUGGAUUUGUGGUGGCUAUAACGGGUGUAGACAGCAUUGGGAAAGGGCUCAUUCGAGAUGGGACUGGAUUUGUGACGUUUCCAGUGAAGUAUCAGUGUGUUGUGUUCAGACCCUUCAAAGGGGAAAUAUUAGAAGCUGUUGUGACUAUGGUCAACAAGAUGGGAUUUUUCGCCGAAGCUGGACCUGUUCAAAUUUUUGUUUCAAAUCAUUUGAUACCUGAUGAUAUGGAGUUCCAGUCUGGAGAUAUGCCGAAUUAUACAACCUCUGAUGGAUCAGUCAAAAUUCAAAAGGACAGUGAAGUGCGGUUAAAGAUAAUUGGGACUAGAGUAGAUGCUACUGAAAUUUUCUGCAUUGGCACCAUAAAGGACGAUUUCUUGGGAGUGAUUAAUGAUCCUACAACACUUUAGGAAGCUGUGGCUUAUUUGUUUCUUGGUGUGGGAGUUAUUGCUUUCUUUGCAGUCUCUUACAAUCUUGUUGUGUAAUUUCUGUAGGCAUUGAUUAUUUCUUAGAAACAAUGUCAUUAGAUCUAUUCUUAAGAAGCUUUUGCUUGUGGACUCAUAGACAUUGUUGUAACAUUAAUACUUAUUCAAAUGAUGUUUACUUCAGUCAA